UAAUUGCACUUUAAAAGUGAACGCUAAGGUUAAAUUCGAUGCUUCGCUUUAUUUGAUAAACCGCUAGACGAAGUUCACUUCGAAUCGUUGAACAAGUCACUGAAACAACGGUUAAUUCAGCAGAAAAUUGUCAAAUAUCAAUAAUGAAGUGGACCUUAUUCAUUUUUCUCAUUAUUUUGCUGCAAGUACAAACAUUUAAAUCGGAUUAUCAAAGAGGAAACUUCAGCCAACAUUUAUUGUCGAGCAUCAUCAAUGGAGUGCCGAGUUAUGAGCGGCGUUUCUACGUUCGAGUCCGGAGACUCGACAACUAUUAUACAUGCGGGGGUUCCAUAAUUGCACCUCAGUGGAUUUUAACUGCACUCAGUUGUCUCAGCAAAAUCAGACCUGAAGCCAUCAAAGUGGAAGUAUCUUUCUUCUCCCUGAAAGCCACGAUGAGCGCCCUGCAAUCACACGUGGUUGAAAAGGUCUACGUGCAUAAUGACGGCUUCCCCUCGGUCAAUUUAGCCCUCAUCAGACUAGCAGAUCCAAUUUCUGGACCUUAUCGAAUUCUGCCCUUUUGCAGACGAACCCAACCUCCCUUCACGUAUCUGGCCACUUGUGGCAUGGGAAUAAAUUCAACGUCCCACAGUAUAAUUCCAGAGGUUCUUCAGGAGAUGUACAUGACUGAAAGCCCUAUCAUGUACAUUGACACUAAAUCGCAACCAUGUCCAGCGAGUUCUAUAUGCACUCACUCUAUCAGAGAAGGCUCCAACAUAUGUCUUAUGGAUGAAGGAGGACCGCUCUAUGUACUUAGAUGUGACAAUAAAAUGCCUCAGUGUUUAUAUGGUGUGGCUGAUUACUUCAUAUCCGACCCGAACACUCCACCAUACAGCGUUUGCAACGGCGGAAGUUUUUUCACGCGCAUCACUCAUUAUCGUGCUUGGAUCGACAGAAUAGUGCAUGCAUUUCCUUAAAAAUACGACCAACCAAUUAUUCUUUUGAAAAACUUUUUAUUCGACACAAUCACAGUCUAAUCAAGUUUUUGCCCAAAAAUCAGCCCAAGGAGUGAAACUUAUAUACUUUUAAAUCAGAGGCAAAGCAGCUUUUUGCAAGAUUCUUUAUUUAGAUUUUAGAGAGCU